AUGGCCGACGACGCUGGCGCUGCCGAGGAGGCGCCUAUUACCUUCAUCGUCAAGACCUCCACUGAUAAGAAAUACACCAUGACUCUUCCACUGUCUACAUUGGUUUCAGAUUUGAAGCAGAAGCUCGAAACCGCCGAGCCUGACAAGUCCGACAAGUCCGACGAUGCGAAGAGCAUCCCGGCCGAUCGACAACGACUGAUCUACUCCGGCCGGAUUUUGAAGGACCAUGAGACACUUGGCUCUUACAAGAUCAAAGAUGGCCACACCAUCCACAUGGUGGGCAAUGCCAGCAGCAACCAAAAUCGCGGGAACACCACUGCUCAGUCUAGCUCCGCCGCUGCCUCUGCGGGCGCAACGCCGAAUCCUGUUGCUGCCGGUGUUCCCACCAACAUGGCCGCCGGUACCGGCAACAACCCACUUGCUGGUCUGACAGGUGCUCGAUACGCUGGAUUCGCUCAGCUCCCAGGAGCAGGCCUCUUUGGCCCUGACGGCGGGAUGGGCCCACCUCCCGAUACCGAAUCUAUGCUGAACAUGCUCGAAAAUCCUCAAUUCCAAUCUACCAUCAACGAGGCACUCCAGAACCCCGCGAUGAUCGAUAUGAUGAUCCAACAGAAUCCUAUGCUCCGCGAUAUGGGGCCCGGUGUGCGGCAGAUGUUCCAAAGCCCCGAAUUUCGCCGUAUGCUGACAGACCCCAACUCGAUUCGCCAAAUGAUGCAAAUGCAGCGAAUGAUGGGGAUGGGCGGGGGCGGCUUGGGUGGUCUAGGUGGCGGCGGUGACAGUGCAUUCCCUGCCCCUGGCGUGACGAACACGACGGCCGAAGACAAUCAGAAUGCUCAGCAGCAGAAUCCCCCACCCAACCCGUUUGGUCAAAUGCCUCCAAACCCUGCGGGGAAUCCUUUUGCUGCGCUCUUCGGCCCUAACCCUUUCGCGAACCCUGCCGCGCAACCGUCAGCCAAUGCCGGUGGGUCUGAGAAUAACCAAAAUCAGGAUGCCCAGUCCACCGAUCGGGGUGCCACCGCGGAAGGUCAAAAUCCUGAAGCUGCUCAGAACCCCUUCGCCUCUUUGUUCAACCCGGCUUUGUUCGGCAAUGCUGGUCAGGGCGGCAUGAAUCCGCUUAACCCACAGCAAAACCCGUUUUUGCGUGACCCGGCCCUCAUGACCCAGAUGAUGCAGGCUAUGGGAGGUCAAGGGGCAGAGGGCGCUACCACUGGUGCGAAUCCCCUGGCAAGUCUAUUCGGAGGUGGUUUCGGCGGCGGCUUUGGCGCACCGCAGCCACCUGACAACCGUCCCCCGGAGGAGCGUUAUGCCGACCAGCUUCGCCAACUGAACGAUAUGGGCUUUUACGAGUUUGAGCGGAACGUUGAAGCUUUGCGACGAGCAGGUGGUAGCGUGCAAGGAGCAGUGGAAUAUCUUCUGAGCAACCCGUCAUAA